AUGCUAUCAGAUGCUCAGUCUGCUUCCAACGAGCCCUCCGUCUUCCCCCUCGAUGGCCCCGGACCCGAACAGAUUUCACAGCCCUUGCCCAACGGCCGUCCGCAGCUCGCUCCCCCAAUCCAUACCAGAGACGUAUCCGUGACCAGAGGCAGGCCUCAACAGCCCUCGACUCAGGCAUACGCUCCUAGUGUCGCGGCAUCAUCGCGUUCAGGCUCAGUGCAGCCCCAGCCACAUGGCCCAGAGUCAUCCGUGAGCUCACGAGGUGGAUCGGCUAUCGAUCCAACCCUGCAGAGGCGGACGUCAAACAGUUAUGGCCAUCACCGCCAAACAUCCGUUAUACAUGGCCUGCAGCACUCGAGAAGCCCGAGCUUCAACUCCCCCUCGACCGCCAGCCCUCUGACCCCGGACUCUUUGCUGAGCCCCCCCAACUAUGGGAGGUAUCCGAAUGCGAAUCGACGCGGUCAAUAUUCUAGCACAGAAAAUACCUCGACUUACACCAGCCCAGUUUCUUCAUAUCAGGGUCAUACUCAAGGGCAUUCCAUAGAUUCUCUUAUUGAUGGUGGCUCCUCGGUGCAUGAGUCUGCUUCCUCGCAGCACAGGAGGCGCAAGGAGCAGUCCCGAACAAGACGUGGUCAGCAGGGCCACUCAUCUCAUUCCUCCAGUAGCCACCAGCAGCUGGAACCGCGCACUCCGGCCGAAUACGCACUCUAUCAUCUAUUCCAUGCAUUUGUACUGCGGGCGGAUCAGAGAAUCAAACACUGCCUUACCCUCCUGGACAAUGCUCCUGCUCCUGUGGAGCAAGCGUGUGGCCCGGGUGUCGACGUCGGAUUUGACCAAUUGAUCGCUUCGCUUGGACACAUAUCUCGUCAAGGCCCAAAGCCUUUGGUGGAUUCUUUGAUGCUGUGGCGAAAAGGAAAGGGCGAUACCGCGGCCGCUUUGAAGAGGAAGGUCUAUCAGCAGAGACUACAAAUGGGCCUGACCAAUUCGCCUCUGCCUCCUUCGCUGCCCAGACGUCAUACAGAACCUCUUCAAGUUCCAGGAGAGAGCGACAUCCCCCAGCUCACCACUGAGCAGAGCUCUUUAACAGAAGACCAACUUACGCAGGAGUAUCUGCUGGCAGAUCGUUGCGCCACGAUAUCAGUCUACAUCCUCUGUCGAGUCCUCAUAGCAAUUUUCGAACAAAGUAGUCUGGCUGCAAUAACCCAAGAUCUGGCCAACAAGCUAGAGGACAUUUUAUUCACCCAGUUAAGGGAGGUCGAACCGCCGCAGAUUUUCUCAUCAACCGUUCGACACGCCAACUGGAAGAUUUAUGGCGAGGUUUUAGGCCACAUGAGCCGCCUCGACUUUGUCAACGUCACGUUCCGGUUCACUCAGCAACUUGAACAGUGGCAACUGGAUUUCGCAAAAAGUCCGGGGACUGCUACGGCUAGAGAUAUCGAAUCUCGUCUCGAAUUACUCCUGCUGAGUAUGCGCCCUCUCCAUAUUUCUGUUACAAAAGAAGCCGCCUUGAGUGUCGCCGAAUUCUUAAGGACUCUUGGCGCCCUGUUCUCCGACGCACAUGGACUGCAUGUGAAGCAAGCAUAUUGCCAGCUCUUCGAGCGCAUGCUAACGACGGUGGCGAGUAAUCCCGAAUGUUUCCAGACCGUGCCGAAAUGGAAAGACUUUAUAGAGACUGUCAACUCGCGCCUAGGAAACAUGUUGGCAAAGGUCCGUCAUUGGAAUAUUGGCUUUCCGGUAUCGAUUCUGCUUAUGUGCAUUUCGCCCAUCGAUGUGUUCUCCACGCAGUGGCUGCCGAUGAUUUCGAACCUGGCGCCGAAACUGAAGGAUAGAACAACGCGGGCUCUGGCUUUGCAAGCAAUCUGUCAGCUGGUCUGGACAUACCUCAGACGUGUUACAGAGACCACGCAGGUUAAGCUGCGUCGAUUGGAAGACAUCAUUAAAAUCACUGUUCCGCAAGGGAGAAAGACCCAUGUCGUCUCAGAGCCGUCUACCGCUGCCGCUUUGGUCCAGUUCAUUAGAAUUAUUGGCUUUGCAGCUCAGGACCUCUGCUUCCGUUCAAUCAUCUUUCCCCUUCUACAUUAUGACAUGUUCCAAACGAGUCGAAGCCUCAAGAUUGAAAACAUGGAGCCAGAACGAAUGGUCAUUGGCAUUCGGGCAUUCCUCGCCGUCAUGGCCGAUUUGGAAAAGGACAGCACGAGCGGCCCACCAUUUCCUGCCUUCGCCGGACAGUCGCGGAAUGUCGAUGGUCUGCCAUCUUCACCCGGGAGCAGGAGGACCAGUCUGGGGAUUGAUUCGCCACUCCCACCACGAUUUGAAGAUGAGAACCCCUCUUCGCUCCCAGUAAACACAGCCGUCUUGGAUGAAAAUGCCAGGCAAUACUAUCUGCAGUUCUGUCAGAUCUUGGGCAAGAUCACGAUCCUCUGCGAUAACACUUUCGGCGGACAAGUUACGUUGAACGAGAAAUUGUCCUCGACCAACGUAACCCCCAAGACACCUCUUGCUGAUACAUUCACCUUGGCUCGAGGCCCAGAUGGGACGGCCAUAGACCAGCGCCAAUCGUACUACGAACUGCUUCACGUCGCCAUCCAAGCUCUUCCCCGCUGCUUUACCGAUCACAUUCCCUUGAGCCCAUUGAUCAACCUUCUGUGCACAGGCUCUGCCCAUGUACAAGCCAACAUAGCAGCGUCUGCCACCCAAUCUUUGAAAGCGAUUGCAAAGCAGGGUCACGCUCAAGCUGUGGCCAUCGCCUUUCCACGAUUCAUUUUCCACUAUGACUCCCAGUACUCUACCAUGUCGGAUGAGGGCCGUCUUGGACCGGCGCACAUCGAGGCAACCUUGACGCUAUAUCUUGAAUUACUGCGAAUUUGGACAGAGCAGCUCAAGCAGAAGGCGGUGGCAAGCUCGUCGGAAACAAGAGAUCGUUCAAUCUCAGGCUCCCAUCGAGCCUUGCAAAUGGAACUCACACAUGUCAUACCACAUGUGGAUGAAAUCGAAGCCUACGGACUGUUCUUCCUUUGCUCGCAGUCUCGUCGCGUGAGAGCAUUCGCUAUCAAGGUCCUUCGACUUGUUGUUCACUUUGAUUCGGUCCUCGGUCAAGAAGUACCUUCUAGGAUUAUAAAGCUUCUUGAAGACCAGUCGUCUACAAUUCUGGAUUUGCAGGAGGAUGCGCUGAAUGUCGCGGAACGCAGCCGAUUACAAAAAGACAAGCGUACCGGGCCUGGCCAAAGUACACUGAUUGAGAUUUGCAGCUCUGAAGUGUCAUACGAUUCCACCCUCUGGUUCAAGGCAUUCCCUAAUCUGAUCCGUGUUGUGUUUGAUGCAUGCCCAAAUGCCAUCGCUCUAUGCCGCGGGACAGUCACGGACAGACUGAUGAUGAUGCAGAAUGAUAUUGAGGCCUUUUCAGUGACACCCGGUGCAAAUGCAGCCCUAUUCGAGUAUCGAUUGCAGGGACGAAGCUCGGCAACGUCGGCAGAAGUACUCUUUGAGCAGUGGAAGUUGUACCUCAUCAUGGCCUGCGUCACUCUGAGCUCUCCAGGCGGCCAGUCUCGGAGCCAGCUAGCUGAUGCUGCUGCGCAUUUGAGGAAAUCAUCCAAGAGUGCCGCAACAGCACAGGACAAGAUGAGCUCUGCUCGGGCGUUGUUCUCUGCCAUUAUUCCAAUGCUUGGCGCCGCCCCUGACGCUAUUCGCGAUGCGGUAGUCUCUGCUCUUGGUUCCAUCAACCGCAAACUUUGCCGUACACUUCUCGAAUCGCUUCAGUAUGCAGUGAUCAAGUGCAACGAUGAAGCAAAGGCGCGAAUCAACCAUCAGAGAACUCCAAGUAGUCCACAGCGAUCUCAGCAGACUGAGCGACUGCGGACUGAGGUUACCCAUGUUUACAAGCUCACUGCGGCUUUUCUGCGCCAUGAAGACAUCUACGAAGACGACUGGAUCCUGCAUAACCUUGUCAAUUACACGAGGGAUCUGCGCAUCUUUCUGAGUGAUACUGAUGUACAGAACGAUUGGCGAUUCCAAAAGUUGAGGUACCAUUUCUGCGGUUUGGUCGAGGAAGUUUUCGAAGGUGUGAACAGAUCAAAGUCGCCUUCCCGCUGGAUGCCUUUCGAAUCAAGGAAGUCUGCAUUUGCAUUAAUGGAAGACUGGUGCGGCUAUUCUGCGGAGCGAAAUUUGAUGGAUCCCAAUCACGGCAACACCCGUGAUUUGAAUGAUAGGAUGAACGCAAGCGCUGCGCUUGAAAAAGAGAAGAACAACCUGAGAGUAGCUGCUCUGAGUGCAAUGGCGACCUUGUGCGGUGGCCCGAUCAGUAUCAAGACUGACAGUAACGCGAUUCUAUCGUUCAAUCUUCAACGAAUGCUCUCAUGGAUUGAUACUAUCUUCGCGACCAGCAACCAUAAGAUGCAUACCAUUGGGCGACGAGCGCUGAAACUCCUCCUCAUGCACAACCCGGAGCAUCUUGUGCUUGCCGAACAUGCUAUUGAACAAUGCUACAGGACUGAAUCUCCAACGGCAUUGGAAAGCUAUUUCACUGUGGUUUCCGAGGUUCUCAUUCAACAGCCGGACUAUCCCUUAGCCUUCUGGAAAAUUCUCAGCAUCAUUGUGUUCACAUUGGGAAAUGAAAAUCGUGAAAUCAGAAUGCAAUCGGCGCAUUUGAUCCGCACCCUUGACGAACGUCAACAUAAGAGCACCAACCUCCAAGAAUUUGACAUCAGCAUCUCCGACAAGACCCGUGCUGUAUACAAACUCGCUCAGUUCGAAUACUCCAAGAGGCUGGCCCAGGCCAAUUCAGAUAUCGCAUUCAUGAUCUUCUCCGAGUUCUCGCUCCAUUAUAAAUCUGCGCGAAACGACCAUCAGCGCAAUAUGGUGGUCGCCAUCUUACCGUGGCUACAAACACUCGAACUUCAAGUCGACAGUAAGACGGGCUAUCCAACUGACGUCUCGUAUAUGCUCUUGGCAAACAUGUUCGAGAUAACGAUUUGUUCGAGCAGCGCAAUGCAUAACGAAGUGCAAGCCUUGUGGCAAGCUCUAUCAACCGGACCUCAUGCGGGAAACGUACAACUGAUUCUUGACUUCAUUAUCUACCUGUCGCUCGAUCGCCGUGAUCAGAACUUUGUUGAGUACGCAAAGCAAAUCGUCGUGUACUUGUCCUCUACCCCUGCCGGUUCACGAGUGCUGGAAUUUUUCAUGUUGCAACUCACUCCGAAGAACAUGGUCAAUGACAGAAAGGAAGAGGAAGUAGUGGUGAUGCCUGAUACGAGACACCUUCCCUACGUUGCUGAUCUGACUUCUCUUCUGCCUAUGGGCAACAAACAGGUUGGUCUUUCUUUAGGACAAGUCUCCCUGAUUUUCCUAGUCGACCUCAUGGUCACUCCGGUAACCCUGGGCAAAGAUGAGGCGAUUAAGCUCAUUCACACCGUCCUUAUCCUUUGGGACCACUAUACAACGUCAGUUCAGGAACAGGCGAGAGAGAUGCUGGUCCACCUCAUUCACGAAUUGGUAACCACAAAGAUCGACUCGCAGGUCCUUAGCUCUGCCAAGUCAAGCAUUGAAAGCCUUGUUGCAGCGAUUCGAAGCAAUAGUUCUCGGAUAAGCUGGAAUUACGAGAGCAACACGAGAAAAGAUGAAGAUGAUGGCGCUAGCCGGGUUCCACAGGCAAUGGCGGUCCUCACCUCAGAAAUUGUCAACAUCUUCAACCUCGCAUUUGACAGCUUCAGCGAUAGCUGGGCUAAAGAGGCGCUACACUGGGCCUCCAUCUGUCCAGUUCGGCAUUUGGCAUGUCGGUCAUUCCAAAUAUUUCGCUGCAUCUCUGUCAGCUUGGAUAUCAAAAUGCUUUCGAAUAUGCUUGCUCGACUUUCUAACACGAUUGCCGACGAGCACACGGACUAUCAGACCUUUUCGUUGGAGAUCUUGACGACACUCAAAGUCAUCAUAGGAGCCCUCGAACCUAAAAAUCUCCUGCGAUAUUCACAGCUCUUCUGGACGACAUGCGCCUGUCUAAACACCAUUCACGAGAGGGAAUUCCACGAGACCUUGGGAAUGCUCGAGAAAUUUCUCGACAAGUUGGAUUUGUCCGCUCCGGAUGUUACGGAAGCUAUGAUGAAGGGAUUUCCUGGAAAAUGGGAUGGCAGUUUUGAGGGGCUGCAGCCACUGCUCUACAAAGGCCUGAAGUCCGCCGACAGCUUAGACAAGACUCUUUUCAUGCUUCACAAGCUCGCAGACCUACCAGAUUGCCCGUUAGUUGGAACUGACAAUCGUCUCCUCUACUGUGUCCUUGCGAACCUACCACGAUGGCUGCGAAAAUUCGAGCUGGACGAUAUCGAGCCUAUGACGAUCGCCUCUGCACAAAGACUUGCAAAGGUGGCAAGUGCCGCUGGCCAUGAUCUACUCUCGGCCUGUCUUGGACGCUUCGCCAGUAACGAAAUGACAUCGGGCCAGGAGAUGCUUACCACAACCAUUCAAGCCUUGAAAGCGGCAUACUUUCCAGCAUAUGACGCCCCAAGCUUGAUUUUCAUGAUCGGGUUGUUGACCAACAGGAUACCUUGGUUCCGAGUCAAGUUGAUGGACAUUCUGUGCGAGCUGAUCCCGAUCGUAGACAUGAAAAGUCAGGCCAUCACAACGCAUGGACCAGAUCUCAUCUCCCCCUUGCUGAGGCUUUUGCAGACUGAGCACUGUACACAGGCCCUAGAAGUGAUGGAUUAUAUCAUGGAAGUAGCAACCACGCCUAUGGAAAGGCAUCAUAUGCGCAUGAGCAUGGCUUCUGGCUCAGCCAAGGCUAUCAGAAAAGAGUAUGAACGAACGGAGAGUCUCUACGGGAUUCCUCACUCAACCGGCUGGUCUAUCCCGACGCCAGCGAUCUAUUCUGGCAAGACGAGGCGCAAUGUCCAUGCCGCCUUCUUGACAUGCGGAGAUCCGAAACACCCGCAGGCUCAAGAGACCGCUACUCCAGAUGUAGAAUUCCAGGGUGAUGAUGGCUACGGCGAUUCAUACUUCCCACCACAGAGUCGUGCCGAGACGAUCCGGUCGCUGGAAGUGGCUGCAGAUACCAAUGUCAGCGACCUGGUCAACACUCUUGACAGCCUCGACGAUUUCUUUGAUGAUGUGGAUGGUGACGACGUUCUAACGCCAACCGGAGCCAGCCAGAUGGGAGUCUCCGCAAUCACGAUUCCUACUCUUACUGAACAGAGCACAGCAUUGUACGACGAGCAGACCGCCCCGAUUCUUCGUCAGAGUCUGGCGCGGACUGCUUCAGCAGCGACAGUACAGGAUGGGUUCACCGAAGCUGGACCUCUUCUUGGCAUCACCCAUCGAACUCAGCCUAGUCUGUCUUCUCCGAACUCGACGGCGGCGACACAAUCAUCCUUCUCUUCGAUCGAUGAACUGGGCGGCCCAGGACCUUCAUUGCCUAGUUCAACAAAGAAGCCAAUACUUCAGAGUGUUAUCAAUUCGGUGAACUAUACUCGACCUGGGCUUCACGCCAGAUCGAUUACGUCUCCAGCUAACCAAUAUCCGGUGUCACAACCCACGUCAACUGGAAUGGCGCCCAUGUUUGAAGGCGUUUCGUUCAGGUCGCAGGACGAUUAUGCUGAUCAGUAUGAUGAUGCUAUUUUGUCGGAUGGAGAGAAUAGCCCUUUCCCGUCGCUGAGCAUGACAAUAUCAAACCAGAACAAAUCUUUGUCAGGGCCGGGGCCAUCUGAAUAUCAGAUAACCCCAACCUCUGCAACUGAGAGUGGUGGCGCGUUCAGCCUGCAAGGAAUGCGAAGAGGCAUGCGACGCCUCACAGGCGGUAAGAGUGAAAGUCAAAAAGAGAAGGACAAGAUCAAAGAUCUGGCACGUUUACGUGCGCAAUCUGGAGGGCAGGGCCAAAUGACCGCGGCGUUGCAGAGUCCCAGAGUUCCAAGAGUCCCUCCGGAGUACCUCAAUGCCCCCAAUGCGAGCGGAGUCAGCCCAACCGAGAGUCCUGGAGCUUGA